UCUGACCCCGGCCGAAUCCGGUUCCACGUUUUGGAUUCGGAGGGCGGCAAGGCCUGGGCUCAGACAAAAGCCUGCGCCCUCAAAACCUCCCACACUCAGCAACUCGGUCUCUGCAGUCAUGCAGCGCAUUCGGACCCUGGCCACUUUGGCCAAGAACAUGAAGACACCUUUGCCCGCUACUCAUCAGAUUCACACAAGUGCUGCUGCGAGCAAUGCGAUCGAAGUGUUUGUCGACGGGCAGUCGGUGAUGGUUGAGCCGGGCACCACGGUGUUACAGGCAUGUGAGAAGGUUGGUGUUCAGAUCCCACGGUUCUGCUACCAUGAUCGUCUGUCCGUCGCUGGCAACUGCAGGAUGUGCCUGGUGGAGAUAGAACGGGCACCCAAGCCGGUUGCAGCCUGUGCCAUGCCAGUUAUGAAGGGCUGGAAUAUCUUAACAAAUUCUGAAAAGACCAAAAAAGCCAGGGAAGGCGUGAUGGAGUUUCUGCUUGCAAACCAUCCCUUGGAUUGCCCCAUCUGUGACCAAGGUGGCGAGUGUGAUCUGCAGGACCAAUCGAUGAUGUUCGGCAGUGAUCGGAGCCGUUUCACCGAGGGCAAGCGAGCCGUCGAGGACAAGAACAUCGGGCCGCUAGUGAAGACCAUCAUGACGCGCUGCAUCCACUGCACGCGAUGCAUCAGGUUCGGGAGCGAGGUGGCCGGCGUGGACGACCUAGGCACAACAGGCCGUGGCAGCGACAUGCAGGUCGGCACCUACAUUGAGAAGAUGUUCCACUCGGAGCUCUCGGGCAACGUCAUUGACCUGUGCCCCGUGGGGGCCCUCACCUCCAAGCCCUACGCCUUCACCGCCCGCCCGUGGGAAACAAGGAAGACCGAGUCGGUGGACGUGCUGGACGCCGUUGGCAGUAACAUCGUGGUGAGCACGCGUGGUGGCGAGGUUAUGCGCAUCCUGCCACGCCUGCACGAGGACAUCAACGAGGAGUGGAUAUCCGACAAGACCAGGUUUGCGUACGAUGGGCUCAAGAGGCAGAGGCUCACGCAGCCGAUGGUGAGAGACGAUCAGGGCCGCCUGGUGCCCUGUGGGUGGGAGGAGGCAUUGGGUCGAGCAGCAGGCGCGUUGCACGGAGUCUCUGGAAGUGAGAUCGCGGCGAUCGCGGGCGGAAUGGCGGACGCCGAGUCCUUGGUGGCCCUGAAAGACCUGCUCAACAAGCUGGACAGCGAGAGCCUCUGCACGGAGGAGAUCUUUCCCAUGUCUGGUGCUGGCACUGACUUGCGGUCGAACUACUUGCUAAAUACGAGCAUCGCGGGCGUGGAGGAGGCGGAUGUGCUGCUGCUCGUGGGGACUAACCCGCGCUACGAAGCGCCGCUCUUCAACACGCGCAUCCGCAAGAGCUGGCUGCACAACGAGCUGCAGGUGGCUGUCGUGGGCACCAAGGUGGACUUGACCUACACCUACGACCACCUGGGUGACUCCCCACAGGUUUUGAAGGAUCUGGCCUCUGGGACGCAUCCCUUCGCAAAGGUUCUUGCGGCUGCCAAGAAGCCCAUGGUGGUGGUGGGCAGUGCCGUUCUGCAGCGCGGCGACGGGGCUGCAGUCCACGCAGCAGUGAGUGCCAUCGCACAGAGCGCCCGCCUUGCCAUCGCUGGCACCUCCCCCGAGUGGAAGGUCCUCAACGUCCUGCACAGAGUGGCGAGUCAGGUGGCUGCCUUGGACCUGGGCUACAAGGCGGGCGUGGACACUAUCCGUAAGAGCCCUCCCAAGGUGCUGUACCUGCUGGGGGCUGAUGGGGAGACUGUGACACGUGCACAGCUGCCUAAGGGCUCCUUCAUCAUCUACCAAGGCCACCACGGGGACACGGGUGCCCCCAUGGCCGACGUAAUCCUGCCCGGCGCGGCCUACACAGAGAAGACUGCAACGUACGUCAACACAGAGGGACGUGCCCAGAUGACGCACUUGGCCAUCACGCCACCCGGCAUGGCGCGCGAGGACUGGAAGAUCAUCCGCGCACUCUCGGAGGUGGCUGAGAUGACCCUGCCGUACGACUCGCUGAAAGAGGUGCGGAAGCGUCUGGCCGAGGUGUCCCCCAACCUGGUGCGCUACAACGAUGUGGAGGAGGCAAACUACUUCACUCAGGCGACCGAGAUGGCCAAGCUGGUGAACCACGAGCUGUUAAAUGAGCCCCUGCAGCCUCCACAGCUGACAUUGAAGGACUUCUACAUGACAGACUCCAUCAGCCGGGCCUCCCAAACCAUGGCGAAGUGUGUGAAGGCGGUGUCGGAGGGAGUCAGGGCUGUCAAGGAGCCCCUCUGAGCAAACGACAAAAAAUUGCCCACCCCAAUGGGUGGACUAACCAAUGGCGUCACUUGGAGAUAGAGGCUGAGCCUCCCUUGUUACUCCAUUGUGGGUGGAUGUUUAGCUUCUUGCUAGGGAUGAAAAGCUAAAACCGAGCUGAUUUAUUGUUUAGGCUGGUCUCCAUUUUACAGCACUUGUGACGCUACUGGUUAAAAAUAAGUGUGGUCCCUUCUAAAAAAUAUCAACCGCGCACAUAGUCCAAGGUAAUAACGACGUCUCUUGCAUGGUCGGUCAUCCACGUCUGUAAAUGGCGUUAAUUAAAAUGAAGAGCUUUUGCUGUGACUGUGUAUAAUGGCACAAGUACCUUUACACUGUUGCAGAGUGCUUGGUUGUCUCCGUUAUAAAUAAAGCCUACUUGUCUAAACACA